AUGUCCAAGGCCCAGUUCUUGCGCGAGUACAAGCUCGUGGUGGUCGGCGGCGGUGGAGUCGGCAAGAGUGCCCUCACAAUCCAGUUCAUCCAGAGCCACUUUGUCGACGAGUAUGACCCCACUAUUGAGGACUCGUACCGGAAGCAAUGCAUGAUCGACGAGGAGGUCGCUUUGCUGGAUGUUCUCGACACGGCGGGCCAGGAGGAGUACUCUGCGAUGCGCGAGCAGUACAUGCGGACGGGCGAGGGCUUCCUCUUGGUUUACUCGAUCACUUCGCGCAACUCGUUCGACGAAAUCGGCACGUUCCAUCAGCAGAUCCUCCGCGUCAAGGACAAGGACUACUUCCCCUGCAUCGUCGUCGCAAAUAAGGCCGACCUCGAGUAUGAGCGGCAGGUCGGCACGCACGAGGGCCGCGAGCUCGCCAAGCACUUUGGGUGCCGCUUCAUCGAGACUUCGGCCAAGCGGAGGCUCAACGUCGACCAGGCGUUCUUUGACCUCGUGAGGGAGAUCCGGAAGUACAACAAGGAGCAAGCGGCGGGCCGCCCGGGAGCAGCGGGAGCGACGCCUGCGCAGUUCAAGGAGGAGGAGCACUCUUCGGCAGGGUGCUGCUCCUGCGUCAUUCUUUAG